AUUAAAUGCAACGACGGAGGCGCUGACGAGUCAGUGACGUCAGGAAGAUGAAUGAGGUUUUUUUGUCAAGGGAAACGAGGUUCGUGUAUAUAAGGACAACUGUCUACAUCUUCAUUCAUUCACUGAUUGAACGCCAGAGAGUAAAAGAUGACUGGAAAGGCGAUUGCACUGCUGUGUCUGAUCUUGGGAUCCCUGGCCACAGCCUCUCCCUAUGGACGCAACAGAAACCCAGGAGUCAAAGGCGGAGGUCCCGUCAGGAAAGAGGACAAAACUGGAGGCUCAGGUGCAGUUGGAGGAUCUGCUCUUGAUGGAGCAGCUGGCCCUGGAGUAGCAGGGACAACUGGGGGAGUUGGUCCUAUUGGAGGAGCAGCUACUAUUGGAGGGUCUGGUCAUGAUGCUAGCACUGGUGCUGUCGGAGGAACUGGUGUGGUUGGAGCUACAGGUGUCGUAACCACAGGUGUUGCUGGAGGUGUGGGCAGUGGAGUUGGUCAUGAUGCUAGCAUAGGUGUUGCUGGAGGUUCUAGUCAUGAUGUAAGCACAGGUGUAGUAGUAAGUACAGGUGUAGUUAGUGGAGCUAGUCAUGGUGCCAGUACAGGUGUGACUGGAGCUACAGGUGUAGUUGGGGGUACUGGUGUGGUUGGUGGAGCUGGUUAUGAUGCAAGCACAGGUGUUAGUGGAGGGUCUAGCCAUGUAGGAGGAACUGGCGUGGUUAGUGGAGGCAGUCAUGAUGUCAAUACAGGUGUUAUUGGAGCUACAGGUGUUGUUGGAGCUACAGGUGUUGUUGGAGCUACAGGUGUAGUAAGCACAGGUGUUGCUGGAGGUUCUAGUCAUGACGUAAACACAGGUGUAGUAGGAAGCACAGGUGUAGCUAGUGGAGCUAGCCAUGUUGUGAGCACAGGUGUGGCUGGAGCUACAGGUGAUGUUGGAGGUGCAGGUCACGCUGUAGCCACAGGUGUUGUUGGAGGAGUUGAUAAAGUUGGAGGUGCUGCUGUCGGGGGAGCAGGAUAUUCAGGCAGCUCCAGCACUGUUGGAGGAACUGGCAGCAGUGGUCACCUAGAUGGUUUAGAUCUUGUUGGAGGAACAGAUGCAGCUGUUGGUACCACCGUAGGAGCUGGUGUUGGAGGAGGAGCAGGUCACAUUCACUCAGCGAGUGGAGACGUGCUUGAGAGCACGGGAGGAGCAGGUGGAGCAAGUUCAGUUGGAAUUGGAGCCACUGGUGUAGCAAGUUCUGUUGGAGUUGGAGCCACUAGUGGAGCAAGUUCCGUUGGAGUAACUGGUGGAGCAAGUUCUGUUGGAGUAACUGGUGGAGCAAGCUCUGUUGUAGUUACUGAUGGAGCAAGCGCAGCCGAUUACGACCCAGCCCACUACCCACACAUCAUUCCAGGAUUCCCCUUCCAGACCUCAAAGCCUGAAAAAGGAUUCGGAGGCUGUGCCAACUGGUGCCGCAACUCAGCCAAGAAGAACUACUACUGCUGCAACAGAACUGGGUACAAAGGCUAAAUAAUUCCCUUACAUUUCUAUCACUUAAGUUUUAUUUGGAUCUUGGCCUACAAAGGUUGCAGCCAAAAAGUAUAUAAUUUAUAAUAUAAAUGUUAUUACUUUUGUAUAAAUGUUGUUCUUCAUUCCUUACAUAUCUGGUAUUAACUACCGUGUUUGUAUAAAAUAAAACAAUUCGACGAUA